GGAGGGGGAUGUACAACAAAACGUAUUUCUUUGGUUGAGUAUCCUUUCUUCUGUCUUGGUUCUCUACUAAAGUUUAAAUGGUGUUGAAAGUAGUAAUAAAUGAUGAUGUUACAAAACUUAUCAGAUCAUUUUCAAAGAAGAGAUUAUGGUGCUUUUAUUUUGGCUGCACCAAUUCUCAACUUCUUUAGGAGUGGAGUCCACUAUCCUGGAGUCGAUAGCUAGAAAGAGAACUCAUUUUAACUGUUCUUUUCCAAAGGUAUCUCCCAAAACCUCCUCCAACACUGACCAAGGCAACUACAUUGAAGCAAAUGAUUUGAUCACUCAGAUACCCUCUAAAGUGCAGAUACAAGAUAUUACUAAGGAGCUACACUGUCUACUGUGUAAUGACUGGUUCCGGGAUCCACUUAUGCUAACCUGUGGCCACAACUUCUGCCAGGCCUGUAUUCAAAACUUUUGGAAGCAGCAAACAAAGGAAACAUUCUGUCCUAAGUGUAAGAUGAUGUGUCAAUAUGCCAAUUGUGCAUUCAACCUUGUCCUGGAGAGGCUGGUAGACAAGAUUAAGGAUCUACCCUUACUCAAGGGCCAUCCACAGUGCCCAGAACACGGAGAGAACCUGAAAUUGUUCAGUAAGCCAGAAGGGAAGCUGAUCUGCUUUCAAUGCAAAGAUGCUCGGUUGUCUGCAGGGCAGUCUAAAGAGUUCCUGCAGAUCUCUGAUGCUGUCCAUUUCUUCACGGAGGAGUUUAUCAUCAUUAAGGGUCAACUGGAGGCAACCCUGAAGGAACUUCAGUCCCUGAGGAACAGGCAGAGAGAUGCUAUUGCUGCUUACAAGGACAACAAGCUACAUCUGCAGCAGCACAUCUCCGUGGAGUUUCUAAAGCUGCAUCAAUUUCUGCAUGGCAAAGAAAAGGACAUUUUAAAUGAGCUUCGGGAAGAGGGGAAAGUCUUGAAUGAGGAAAUGGAGCUGAAUCUGAACCAGCUUCAGGAACAGUAUCUCCUAGUCAAGGAGAUGUUGGUGAGCAUCCAGGCACGGAUGGAAGAGCAGAACUCCUUCAACUUUCUCAAAGACAUCACACCUUUCUUAGAUAGCGUGGAGAAAGGAAUAAAAGUGCUGACACCCAGAGAGCUUAUCUCCAGAAACCUGAACUUGGGCCUGUACAAAGGUCCCAUCCAGUACAUGAUGUGGAGGGAAAUGCAGUCCAUUAUCUCUCCAGGCUUAUUUACAUUAACUCUGGACCCUAAAACCGCGCACCCAAAUUUGGUGCUGUCCAAAACCCGAACCAGUGUGUGGCAUGGUGACAUUAAGCAGGUAAUGCCCGAUGAUCCAGAGAGGUUUGACUCAAGUGUGGCUGUGCUGGGCUCAAAAGGCUUCACAUCUGGAAAAUGGUACUGGGAAGUAGAAGUAGCAAAGAAGACAAAGUGGACAGUUGGCGUUGUCAGAGAAUCCAUCAUUCGGAAAGGCAGCUGUCCUCUAACUCCUGAGCAAGGAUUCUGGCUUUUAAGACUAAGGAACCAAAAUGAUCUAAAGGCUCUGGAUUUGCCUUCUUGCAGUCUGAAGCUGACUAACGACCUUGACAAGGUGGGCAUAUACUUAGAUUAUGAAGGAGGGCAGGUGUCCUUCUACAAUGCUAAAACCAUGACCCACAUUUACACCUUCAUUAGUACUUUCACGGAGAAACUUUAUUCCUACUUCUGCCCUUGCCUUAAUGACGGUGGGGAGAAUAAAGAACCACUGCAUAUCGUGCAGCCACAGUAAUUAGUCGAACUAUUGUGUAAAUUCAGAGCAUUAUUAAAGAAGUAUUGAAACAGUU